UCUCUCUCCCCUCCACUGCUCCAUUGAGAAUAUUAUAGGUACUUCCUGGACUGGAGGAUGGACAUGCAGUGUAGUCAGAGCUUCCCAGCAGUGCGCGCAUGCAGGAAUGGCAGUGACCGCAUAUGCACCACAUAGGUGAGGGCAUAGACUUCAUUCAACCUGUGGGGCUAUGGCCACAGAGAGUGAGAGUAUGUUGCAGCUUGCAGUGGAGGCGUUUCAGUCUAAAAACUUCGACCUGGCAGCGGAUAUCUACGAGUGCCAGCUAGCGGGACUCGGAGAUCCAGGGAGCCGGCAGGAGCUGAUGGUGAAGCGGGCAGACGCGCUCGCCUUCGGGGGUAAAUUCACCGAAGCUUUCGAUGUGUACCGACAAGCCUCUGAGAUCGGAAGACUGAGACCAGGUCAUCUGAUCAACCUCGUAGAGUACCUGUCGGACAGUAUCAGCAGGCAGGACGGGGAGAGGAGAGGAGCGGAGUCACGGGAGGCCGUGGCAGCUGGAUGCGUCCCCGCGUCCUGUGCCACAACAGGUUGCGGGUACGAAGGCUUCUCCUGCCGGAUAUGCCUGAGCUUUCUGUUCGAGCCCGUGACCCUGCCGUGCGGACACUGCUUCUGCAAGAAGUGUCUGGAGAGGGAGGUGAAGGAGAAGGAGCGGCCGGUAAUGUGUAAGGAGUGCAGGGACAGCUCCAGGGUGGCCGACGUGCAGAGUUACAGAGUCAACGUGGUGCUCAGCAACCUGCUGGCCAAGUGGUUCCCGAUACCGCACCAGGCUGGCCAGCUGAGGCGGGAGGGCAACGGGCUGUACGCGGAGAGGAAGAUGGAAGCAGCGCUGGAGAAAUACAACCAAGCCAUACUGAUAGCACCCUUGGACCACAUACUGUUCAGUAAUCGCUCCCAGAUCCACUCCAGUCUCAAACACUAUGAAAAGGCUCUGAGAGAUGCUGAGAUGGCCUGCAGACUCAUGCCUCAUUGGUCCAAGGGUCAUGUCCGUAAGGCCCAGGCUCUGGUGUCCCUUGGCAGGACGGAGGAAGCUCUGAGAGAGUACCUGGUCUCUCUUUCCAUAGAGCCUGACUGCAGACUAGCCAAGACUGAGGCUCACAAGCUCCUCAGUGAUCUCCUGGCUCCAGUUACAGAUCAGGUCCCUGAACACAUCUCAGACUACUCCAGUAUAUCAUCUUUCAGAGCACACAUCAAAAACAGCAUUAACACUCCCUCCCAGACCUUUAGUCCCAGCAUGUUGUCGUCCGAGUUCAGCCUUGCCUUCACUCUUCCUGCGCCUGACAAAUUGGAGGGGUGUGACAUCAAAGGUCAGGGAAAGCUUGAAGUGAGCAGGAUGGACCACCGUUUCAUCCUCAAACGGAAACGAAGGAGCACAGAGGAGGUGGAGGAUGGAGGACAGGAGAAGAGCGAUGAUCGCAAGAGAUCCAAGUCUGAGCCAGCCGAGGUGACAGAUUCUUUAAACUGUGCGGGGGUUGGUGACAUCUUGGACCCGACAGAUCUGGAGUGUUCUCUUUGUAUGAGACUUUUCUACGAGCCUGUGACGACGCCAUGCGGUCACACUUUCUGUCUUCAGUGUCUGGAGAGAUGUCUGGACCACAACCCAAAGUGUCCUCUCUGUAAAGAGGAGCUGUCUGAGUACCUGGUCCAGAGGCAAUAUUGUAAGACGGUAUUAAUGGAGAACCUGAUAUCCAAGUAUCUUCCCUCUGAGCUCAUAGAAAGGCAGAAAAUCCACCAGGAAGAGAUGGCUGAGUUCUCCAAUCUUAACAAGAAUGUGCCUAUAUUCGUGUGCACCAUGGCCUUCCCCACUGUGCCGUGUCCUCUCCAUAUCUUCGAGCCCUGCUACAGGCUGAUGAUUCGCCGAUGCAUGGAGACGGGAACCAACUGCUUCGGCAUGUGUCUGACGGACAACCUCAAAGGGUUCGCAGAAUACGGGUGCCUGUUGGAGAUCCGAGAUGUGAAGUUCUUCUCCGAUGGCCGUUCAGUUGUGGACACCAUCGGCAGACGGAGGUUUAAAGUCAUUCAGCACAGAGAGAGGGAUGGAUACAACACAGCCGAUAUAGAAUACCUUGAGGAUGUUAAGGUGGAGGGCGUGGCACAGCGUGAGCUGCAGUCUCUGCAUGACACGGUUUACGAUCAGGCCUUGGUGUGGUUGAACUCCCUGAAGACUGAACAGAAGGAACGCAUUGAAGGACACUUUGGACCCAUGCCUGGGAAAGACUCUGUACUUCAGACCAGUCCUAACGGUCCCUCGUGGUGUUGGUGGUUACUAGCCGUUCUUCCGUUAGAAGGUCGAGCCCAGCUGCCGUUCCUGGCCCUCACCUCCCUGAAAGAUCGUCUCAGUGGCAUCCGCAAGGUGCUGCUCUUCAUGGCCCACAGCAAGCACCGGUGACAAGCUCUCUGUGGAAGAAUGCAGUAAACCACCAUCACACCCCCCUGCACACACCCCGCGUCCAAAAGCAGCAGUUGACCUGCUGUUCUUCCUUUUUAAAUGCACAAAGAACUGAUGUCGAUGCUGACGCGCUUUCCCUGUUGUAGCACCGUAACUAUUCAGAAAGCAACGCUGGACUCCAUUUACACAUCGACGGCAAACAAAAAAAAGAAAAGAAAAAAAAAGGCAGCAACAAGCAUAAUCUAGGUCUGAGUAAAUAGAUGUCAUCCAUGGAUAAUAUUCUCAUUACACCAUAGAAGAAAACAAACAUACAGAGCUGUGUUCAGACAGGGGAUUCCUUAAAAUGACUGACAUUAUAAUUUCCAUGUGAUUUGGGUUCAAACAGAAUCAUUUCCUUCCCUUUAACAGUGUGUCUUUGCCUACCAGUCAGUUCACCUGUGGUGAUAUGUCUUCAUCCAGUUUUUGUAGUUUUUUUUUUUUAUGUCCUUCCUUGCAUACAAGUCUUAACAUAGCUUUAAAGCAUAGACAAAAGGUGAUUUCCCACUUUCGAAUUAACCAAAAUGGUUCAUUUUAAAAAUUAAAAUGCACUCUGCAAAUUCUGCAACAGACCAUAUAAUUGGCAAUGAGUGAAUAAUUAUAAUAAUACCGUUUAGACUCAAUGAUAUGACGACCAAAACUUUCAUCCUCCAAAUGUUUUCUUCCAAUGAAUCUUCUGUAAAUGCCAUGACAAUUUACAGAUAAACGUAUGUGUUUACUAGUUGGCCACCUACAUCAUCUUUGAGAGAUAUUCUGUCUUCCUUCUUUCCUUCCUUGCUCCCUUUUCCUUUCCUAGAGCUGAAUAACUAUGGACUGAACCUUUACAUUGGCGUGCUUUAAGGCUCUUGUGUUUUAUUCAUUCAUUCAUUUUUUUCCAUUUUUUUUGUUUGUUGGAUUUUGUUUUUCCAUUAUUUAUUUUGUCAUUAUUUAUGCAUGCAGUGACAUUGUUUACAUUUCACGGAAAGAGACGCUGAGCUGCUCGUUUUUUUUUCCAAAGGCUGUUAUUUAACAUUUGCCCCCAAACAUCAGUAAUUAUAUCUUGGAGAAAAGUCCACAGACAAAAAAAAAUAUGAAACACCAUUUACACAGGCUGAUAUUGAAGCUGGAGUUGAGGGCAGAUUCUCUCCCAGACCACCUUUUUUGUGUGUUUUUAUUGUUCUGCCAAUCUGAGCUAUGAUGAGCUAUUAUUUGGAUGCUCUUGCUGUCUGCAGCCUCUCUAUAGCUGAGAUUAUUGUGACGCUUGCAGUCAUAAAGAAAGCCUGUCAGUGUUACAGAAAGCAACAUCUGGUUUUCUUAUACCAUUAGUGUAUUUAUUCAGUAUUUAUUCUGAUUUAUUUUGCACUUCCACUUUAAGUAAGGGAAAAGAAACAGGCCUCAGGAUAUGUAUGCCCAGAUUGGAUUACCACAGAAUAAACUUAAAUCUUCUGCUGGUUAAAUUAGUCUUCCAGCAGGCCAACACUACUGCAAAAGAUGCUAUGAGUAAAGGCCAGUGCCUUCUAUCCACAGAAUAACAUGGUAAAUCCAUCCAUCCGUUCUUGAAACACAAUUUUCACAGAAAAGAAAAUCAGGAAUAAAACACAUAAAACAUAUUUCUGUGAAAAAUCCAGAGGCCUUGCUGUUGUCUGAACCCUAAAAUCUCUGAAAAAUACAAGAGAUUGUUGAGCUUUGCCUUCAAAAAUCUUUUAUUUUAUAUACAUGUGUUUGAUUUUACAUGUUUUUAUGUCGAUCAGAUUCUUUGUAUUUUAUAAUUUUCUUCACUUACUGUGUGUUUGUCUUUCCUUAUUUCAUGUGUAAUAGUACAGGGAGUGUCAGAUUGUCCACGUUUGUUAUUUUGUAUUGAAAGGGCCAAAGCCAUGUAAUGCUGAAAAAAAAAAGAUGUAAUAGUGUAAUAUCUGUUAAUAUUUUCCCUGUAAUAAUAAUAUAUUGAUGAUAAGAUGUUUGUAGUGAUGAACAAGUACUGACAAACAAACACAACCAUCUCCACCAUGGGUAAAAUAAUUGCCCCAGUAAUGUUUGCUAAUAUCAUAAUUAAUAACCACUCAGAAGCUCAAACUUGGCAGGAAAGGGAACCGAACAUUUGUAAAAAAAAUUUAAUCACACCUUCAGUUUUUAAAUCAUAUCACAUAAAUAAAUAUUAAAUUAUAAAAGGGAAAAUCCACAAAUCCUAUCCAACUAUUUUCACAAUUUGUCCCAAACAAAACAGUGAAAACUCCCUCGAUAAAUGAGUUCGUCACUGGCAGUGAAGAUGUUUUGUCUGUACGGUUUGUGCCGAACGUUCCCAUCAGAAAAAAGUUGAAGCAUGACGGCGAAAUGGAUUUUGUCUUAAAACUGGUAUCUGUGAAUUCUUGUGUGUUUGUGUGACAGCAGUUCUAGUGCCUUAAGUUGGACUUCUUCCAUUCUCACUUUGAUGUAUAAAACUUGUAAUGGUAAUGUUUAACAUAAAAAAACGAAUCCCACCCUGACCGCUGAAGUAUUAUCAUUCAAUAGAUACUCAUUAUCUCUUUAAGCUAUGAGGAGUUAAACUCCUCCUGCUUAUCACCUAAGGACUAUUCCACUUAAAGGUCCUGUGUGUAAGAUUUAGGAGUAUUGGCAGAAAUACAGUAUUAAUUUGUAUGUUUUUAUUAGUGUAUAACCACCUGAAAAUAAGAACUGCUAUGUUUUUGUCCUUUUGCUUUCCAGUCAGAGUUCUUAUUACAUGUUUUGAAGGAGAUGGUGAGGCAUGGGGGGAGUAUUCAUUUGGUUGCGAUCUGCAACUUUACCGCUAGGUGCCACUAAAUCCUACACACUGGACCUUUUAAAAAGGAUAGAGUUCGAGCUUUGUUCAAUGACACGACCACUAUCAUGUCCAAAAUGUCAAACUGUGCUUUAAUUAGACUGACUGGAUGGUAUUUCUUGGUAACCAGAUAACAUAACAGAUGGUUAAAAUUCAUUUGCUAAUCUUUUAUCUCAGCACCAACACAUCAACCGUCGGUCCGGGUUCUUAAAGACUUCUACCCACACUCAGCCUUAUCCCCUGCAAUGACUUAAAUUAUUACAGCAACUCCAAUGGCAACUAUUUUUUUUUGUGCUUUUUAAAUCUAUGGAAAUGGAAGAAUAUGUGAUGAGAGUCCAUAUGUCUGGACUUUUCAUUAAGAAACAGCACAGGUUAUAAGCUAUGAGCCAGUUGGGACAUGAACACAGUGACAUUUGUCUAGUGCUGAAUUCUUAAAGUUCAGGAUGGUUCAGGUUUAAGGCUGCCGUUGCAGCUUAGUGGUAUCAUUUUCGACAUUUUGUAGCACUCCAAACUCUGAUAACUCUAAACGUGCCGACAAACCGGCACUGACGCCAACCUCUGUGCUUUAGUGCCGAGUUAACAGAGCAUCCCAAAGUCGUCCACAAACACCAACGCUUCUGGUUUGUUCAGUGACUACGGCAAAAUAAUAACAACAAUGCAGAUGUAGAAGUUGAUUUUUUUUGUUUUGUUUUUUUUUGUUAUCAAGCUAUGCAAAAACAGUAGGACGGUGGAUUAUUGCCUGUUGGUAUCUUGACCUUUCAGAAUUCAAUCACUGACCUUUUGAAGAAGUGUAACUACCUCUGGCAUCCUCACAGAGCACUUCCACAAAGGAAGAGGGAAAUUAUAUGCUUCCUAAUCGUUUUCCUGUCAUUGUUGUUAAAUUCGUGUUGGAAGUGUAAUUUUAAGUGUCUAAAUUUAAUGUAUAUCAUCUGUGGUCUAAAAAAAAAUGUCCUUGCAAAGCUGUCAAUUCAAAGGUUGUUGGUUGUGUAGUGUACUUGAUACUGAUCCCAAAUAUUUGAACUAUUUGAAGGAGCACUUGUUUUUAUCUUACCUGGAAAAUUGAAAAGCUUCUUGGAAACAAAGUGUUUGACCUCUUGUGCGUCCUGAAAAAUACAUCCAAUAUGGAUCUGGAGGAAUGACUGCAACUGACAAUAUAUCACAUUCUUGCUUUGCUAACAUUUACUUGCAUACUUUACUUUGCCAAGCGCUCCUCAUAUUUUCAAAUAUUUGUGCUGACUUUAGUGACUACAAUGCCUCCUUCUUACAAAGGUCGUCACCCUCGUGUAGAACUCCAUGGCCUCUAAAUGUGUCCAGGUGAACUGGCACAAAAUGAAUGUAUGUAUGUCUCGACAUCUCUCUGAUACUUUCUGUCUGUUUUUGAUAGUAAAACUUUAGUAUGCAUUACAUUUGUAAAAGUACAGUCUGAAAUUGCAGCUUGUUAAUAAACCAAAAGGUUUGUGUUCUCGGAUCCUGAACGGGAUCCCGAACACGCCGGACUGGA